CCAGGGGAAAUUUGUGGGGUCUUUCGAAACCUUCUCUUGGCAGAAUACGUCGACCUCGACCCACUAGAUUUUUACGGGUCUUUUUUGUUUCAGAGAAAAAAAUGCCAGCUGCUGCUUUUGUCUUUGAAAACCCGGCUAGUGUCGCUGAGGUGGGCGCAGCCCGUGUCAACAAGUAUGCUGUCACCAGCUUUGGAUCCGAGUUGUCCCAUGACCCCUGUGACCGUCAUGCCUAUAACGCGGUUUGGACGAGGGAUCUGGAGCAGCGAACCAUGACUGCCCAAGUGAAAGGGUUGGCUGAAUUCCUGAAAAAGUAUGCCAUCGGCAUGUUUGAUCAUGGUAGCGACCAAUCCUUCAUCCUCCUUCAACAUCAUUUUAUUAUGUUGGGUCGAGCCAAAGGACCCAUGACUAAACACGAAUGCAUGCCGCUGUGCAUGCAUUCCUUCGAGUCUUUGGUGUCCCCCGAGUUUCUGGACAGUCUGGAAGCUUGGAUGGUCAGCACCCAAGCCAAACUGGAGAAAUUCUCAAUCGAGUUUGAGGAUUCUCACACCCUCCAUCGUGUGGCCUCCUUGAAGACUCACUCUGAUCUGGUGGAGCUGGAGGUGGGUGUUCAGUACUACAGCGACGAAGAACUGUCCAAGUUUAAACUGGUGGAUCAGCGUGGGAUUGUGUUGACCUACCGGUUUGCUCCGGGGGUGAUUGAAACCUUGCCUCCUCCACCUGGACUCGCCCAGCCAGCUGAUCUUGAGCGAGAAAGGGCGCGGAUCGAGAGUAUCAAGAACUACUCUUACAUCAGGUUGCCGGCCUGUUCUUUUAUCCGAUGGUUGCGAAGGCAGGGUCAGGGAGAGUAUACCAAAGCUCUGAAGGCGCAGGGGGUUGUGCACAACAAUCCUGUCUAUCGUCGUUCUUCUGUUGGUCAAAAACGAAGGAGGGGGUCUCAACACCCUCCUCUGCUAGCUGUCACCGACCCAACUCCUCCCGUUGAGGUUGAUGAGGAUGAUGAUGAUUCUGAUGAAGAGGUGCGGGUGGAUGAUGAUGAUGAGCCUGCACCGGUUAAACUGGUGAGGCAACACUCGAUGUAGAACGAACCCUUGCUCCUCUUCUCUUUUUUUUUAUAAAACCGCUGACUUGUGAUUGUGUUUCAGA